GUCCAUCACCACAGACUUCAUCACAAAGCCGCUGUUAGUCCGGGUGGAUGCGGGGUGGCAGAGAAGCGACUGAAGAGCGACUUUCACACUUAAAGGAUCUAUCGCGUUACUUUGGGAAGAGUUUGGGAAAUAACUUCUUCCGUUUGUUUUUCCAACACUUUUUUUUCGUCUUGUGUGUGCGUGCUGACCGACGGAUCGGAUACGUAGAAGGAGCAGGGACUGAGUUGAUCUGGGACUUCUGAAUCCACACUGAGACUUAAUAUGAUGGACUUGUUAUGGGCGUCAUUGGUGACCUGCUUCUUACGUUGUGGCAACUACAAUCUAACAUUAUGACGUGACCAGUGAGUAACCCUGCAGAAGCCCUGAUGAAUUCUAACGUAUUUAAGACUUAUUCUUCCUGGAAAUGGAAAAUCGUGCCAUAUUGAUGGAGCGAGUGGUGCUUUUGACAUGCAGUGUGUUGAUCCUGAUCAUCGGCUCAUGCAUCGGCUCUCCUAACCACAGUCGCCGGCCGGUCUGCUGGAAAGCCAUCCUCAAGUGCCACGGGGAGCCGGAGUGCCAUUACGCUUACGAUCAAUACCUCUACGCGUGCGCUUCUGUCAUCACCGGGGAGCGCAAGAGGUGUCCCAGCCACUGCAUCUCGUCUCUGAUCCAGCUCAAUUUAACCCAAAGCGGCCCGGACCUGGAGGAGUGCGACUGCGCCCUCGACCCGGUCUGCAGGAGCACCAAACAAGCCAUCGAGCCGUGUCUGCCGCGCACCAGCACCAUGGGCUGCACGGAGGCCCGGCGGCAGUGCGAGCAGGACUCGUCGUGCAGCUCCGCGAUGAGGGAUUACUUGUUUCAGUGCAGGAAACUUUUCGGGGGGGAAAAGUGCUCGGACGGGUGCCGGAGGGUGAUCGCGAACAUGCGCUCCAUACCCAAAGCGCAGCAGCUGGACACGUGUGUGUGCGACGGCACGGACAGGAACAUUUGUGAGUACGUGAAAGUCAGCAUGAAAACUUUCUGCUCGGAUUCCGCCGAUAGGUUCGCGGGGAGCGGAUUUUCAGACUCCGAGGAGGACUCUGAGGAUGAUUACAUCGAUCAGGAGGAUUAUCAAUACGUGGAGAACUCGAGUGACUCCUUGCUUUGUCGGACUCUGAUCUCUAUCCUCACAACCACUUUGGUUUUUACGAGAUUAAUAUGAGAGGUGAUGCCUUCAAGUGCAGCUAGAGAGUCAGAAAUCACACCAGGAUCUGCCUUAAACUGAAAUCUGGGCUAUAAAGAUAGUUUUCUUCUACUGAUCUGCACAUAUUCCCCCUGUCAAGAUGGUCCUGUUAGGAUAAAAUCAAUAGCACAAGUUGCCAUGUGGUAAUGUUUUCUAAAAAGAAAUGGCUGUAAUAAGUGCAGCUACACACCCUGCUGUCUUUAAAAACCAGCAGAAACCACAUCACAAUCUGUCUUUAAACUAAAACGUGAGGCUAUACAUUGUAGUUAUCUUCUACUGAGCCGCACACAUCCUCUGUUAAAAGUGUUAAAAUCAAUAGUUUAUGUUGCUAAUGAGUUAUGUGUCCUGAAGCAACAUUUUCCACCUGUGAGAUCCAUUUUUCUUGCUAUAGAUCUGCACAAAUGUUCAUGUGAAGCACAUGCAAAUUCAGAUUUGAGGAUAUAAUUGUUGCAUAGAAGUCAUAUAUUAUUACACAUUCCAAAUUUUAGCCAUCAGAAAAUGCUAAAGAGCCCUAUUUUUGUUGUAUAUCCCAGUUUAUAUAAAGUUAAAUUGUACAGUAUAUUGUAAAAAAAAAAGUGUUUUUGUAUAAAUAUUUGUUUAUGAGAGAGUUUUGCACUGUACCAGAAGGUGAGCCACCCUUUUUUUUUUUUUUUUACUGCCGUAAGACCACAGAGGAGUAGGAAAAUGUUCAAAGUGCCUAAAAACGUGUGGUUUUUUAUUCCCCGCGUCAUGUGACCAUAUCAGAGGCAUGCUGUGAAAGCAGAGCAGUUUUCUCCUCGCCAGCUGUACACAGACCUCCUCCACAAGCCCGUCAUUACAAACCAAAAGUUGUUGCAAGCCUCUGAAAUGUGUCUGAAUCUCAGAGGAGGAAAAAAUAAUGCCGGAGAAACGAGAGGAGGGGACCCACUUGACCUUGUCAACAUGGACAUUUGUGUAAAGUAUGAAGUGUUGAUUCUUGGAAACUGUUUAAACAGACGACAGAGGAGAGGUGAACUCCUCCUCUCGGCACCACAAGAAGCGUUUGGUCGCUGUUUGUUUAUCUCCCCCUCCAAUGUGUUUAAAGUCUUCACUGUGAUGACACACUGACAAAAAAAAAGAAAGGAAAAAAAUGGCCGCCUGUUCUGGUGAGCGGAGAUAUUAAGUGCCCGUAAUGAACACACACACACACACACACUCCUCUGAAUGUACAUGCACAUCAAAUAAAUAAGAAGUUUAAAUGAU